AUGGUCUCAGACUUCUUCUAUCCAAACAUGGGUGGGGUGGAGGAGCACAUUUUUAAUCUGUCCCAGUGUCUGCUGGGUUUGGGACACAAAGUUGUUGUACUCACGCAUUCCUACGGAGAUAGAGUUGGGGUACGUUACAUGACCAACGGCCUGAAAGUCUACUACAUACCAGUCAAGGUCUUCUACAAUCAAUGUGUUCUUCCGACCAUGAUCUGUUCCAUUCCAUUAAUUAGAUACAUCUUCAUCAGGGAAGAGAUUCAAAUAGUGCAUGGCCAUUCAGCAUUUUCCGCGCUAGCUCACGAAGGGAUGCUAAUCGGCCGAUUAAUGGGACUGAAAACCAUUUUUACCGAUCAUUCCCUGUUUGGGUUCGCCGAUGCCUCGGCGAUCUUAACGAAUAAGUUUCUGGAGAUAUCUUUAGCAGACUGUGAUCACUGCAUAUGCGUGUCCCACACGGGAAAAGAGAAUACAGUAUUAAGGGCCAAGGUACCGAAGGAGAAGGUUUUCGUUAUACCAAAUGCUGUGGACACAACGCUGUUUAUGCCAGACGUUAAUAAACAGGAUACUAAUUUUAUCACGAUAGUGAUAGUGUCGCGAUUAGUGUAUCGCAAAGGCGUCGAUUUAUUAGCUCGAAUUAUACCCGAUAUUUGUAGUCGGCACCUGGAUGUGCAGUUUCUGAUUGCCGGUGACGGUCCUAAGAGAUGGCUUAUCGAGGAGGUACGGGAAAGAAAUUUGUUGCAACACAGAGUCACGUUACUAGGAAGCGUGGAACAUUGCGAGAUUAGGCAUGUGUUGAACAAAGGCCAUAUCUUUUUGAACACUAGCCUCACAGAAGCUUAUUGUAUGGCAAUCGUUGAAGCUGCCUCUUGCGGUUUGCAAGUGGUAUCGACGAAAGUUGGUGGCAUUCCGGAAGUAUUACCUCCUGAUUUAAUUUAUUUAGUCGAGCCCACGGUACCUGCUCUCGUCGAUGGACUGGAAACUGCUAUAACAGAUUACAGAAAAGGCGAUAUCAAAUGCCCCUUCGAAACCAACAAACGAAUUAGUCUAUUUUACAACUGGUUCAAUGUAACCAGAAGAACUGAGAUAGUGUACAAUUUAGUAAGAAAAGAGGCCCGAAAAGAUUUAGGCGAACAAUUGGCAAACUACGUUCGCAGUGGAGUAUUAGCGUAUCUGCUGGUUGUGUCGCUGUGCUAUAUUAUUAUACAAAUUUUAGAAGUUCUCGUUCCAAGAAAGUACAUUGACAUCGCGAAAAAUUACACGGAGAUUAACGUGAUACAAGCACAAGGUGAUGGAAAAGAAGAUUGACGUCUUCGGAACAGAACACAUUUUCUUUCUAGUUACUAUUCCAUCGUUCAAGAUGUGUGUAUGU